AUGAGUGAAUCAAAUCCAUUAAAAACUAUCGACAUAUCACAACCAAUAAACAUCACAUCUAAAGAGUUACUUGCGUCAUUGACUACUCAAGGAUUCGUUUUCAUUGAGGGCCACGAUUUUACUCAAAAUGAAGUUGAUAAGUUGUUCGACAUUUCAAAAGAAUUUUUCAACCUACCUGCGUCUUAUAAAGAUCAAUUUCCAAAAGACCAAUCAAAUAGCGGGUACAUCCAAUUCAAUAGAGAAAACUUAGAUCCUUCUCAAAAAGAUGAUAUGAAAGAAGGUAUGAAUUUUUGUGGUUUAAAUCUUGCAACUGGUGAAUCGUCAGGUCCUAUUCCAGAUUGGUUUAAGAAUAAUUCUGAGAGGGAUGAAUUGAUUAAAAACUCAAUUAUCAAGUUAAACCAAUUAGCAAUUCAACUAUUAAAGAUUUUAGCAACUGGUUUGGGAAUUAAUGAUGAUGAUCAGGUAAAAGGAUUAGAAUGGUUUUCUUCAAGAUAUGUUCCCAAUGCAAAAUCUGGUUCAACUUUAAGAUUUUUGCAUUAUCCAGCAUUGACGUCACCAGAUGCUUCACCAAUAAGAGCAGGAGCUCAUACAGAUUAUGGAAGUAUGACACUUUUAUUUCAAAGAAAAAAUCAAGAAGGGUUAGAAAUUUAUUCAAUGAACAAAAAAUGGGAAAAAGUGCCUUUUAUAAGUGGCUCUAAAUCAGGUAUGGCACCGCCAAUUAUUGUGAAUGUUGGUGAUUUAAUGAGUUACUGGACAUCUGGAUAUUUAAAAUCAACUAUACAUAGAGUGAAAUUUACUAAUGAUUCAAAGAGAGAGGAUAGAUAUUCCAUUGUAUUUUUCAGUCAUCCAAGUCAUGAUACGUUGUUGGAACCAGUACCUAGUGAUUUACUAAAAGAUAGAAUGGGAAGAGGUGUUUCAAAAGAUGUUAAUUACAUAACGGCAAAUCAACACACUCAAGCUAAGUUAGCGAAAACUUAUGGUUAUUAA